UGCGUGUGUAUAUAUAUAUGUGUGUGUGUGUAUGUGUAUGUGCGUGUGUGCGUUUAGGUUUAAAUGCGGCUAGGUGUUCAGCUUAAUCUUUUUUGGAUGAACACUGCAGGCUACGAAGUUGAAGUGAAUGAAAAUAUUUCGUUGUUCCAGCAGGAACAUUGACGUUACUAUCAUUUACCACGUAUUCCCCUGAUGAAUCAUCGACAUUAUUGUCGUCUAAUUCGUAUUCGACAGUGAGAUCAACGAAUCCAUGGGAUUUUUAUUAUACCAUUAGAAAACUAAAUUCUACGAAAAGGAGGAUACAGAUCGAGAAGUUAUGAUUUUACUGAUUAUAACAAAACAGAUCAUAAAAUAAGGAACUUCGUAAAAAUUGUUUUAAAGACUGUUCGAAACGAUUUGCACGGUAAGAUCGAAACGAGUUAAGUCAAAUUAUAUAAUCACGGAGUGGUGACAGUGUUACUGAUGUAGCUACAUCAUCGAUGACCUUCAUAAGCGGCUGUCUACAUUCGCAACAGACACUUAGGAAGGAGAUGAGUUUGCCCCAGGGAAAUUGAAGAUUGAAAGAGGAAGGAAUUUCUAAUAAAGUUGAAAACAAGACAAAAAAAAUUAUCGCUGAAGAAGAAGGUGAAGGAAAUGCAAGAGAUCCUUUCUAUCGAUCAAGGCUGAGCUUUGUGAUCUUCAGUGGUUGAAGAGGAUGACGGUCACUUAUACUGCUGAGGUCGCUACCUGCCGUGGUCUUGGUUGCUUCCUUAAAUUAUUACUAAGAUGGAGAGCGAGUAUAUACAAAUUGGUAUGGUUAGAUCUGGCCUUAUUUUUAUUCAUUUAUUAUUCAUUAUCAAGUAUCUACCGAUUGAUACUGGAUGACGAACAAAAGAAAAUAUUUGAAGCUGUGGUGGCCUAUUGCAAUCAGUAUAGCGAUCUUAUACCGUUGUCCUUUGUAUUAGGAUUUUACGUUAGUAUAGUUAUGACAAGAUGGUGGAAUCAAUACAUGGUUAUACCUUGGCCUGACUCUAUAGCUGUAUUUGUAUCGGCAACUAUUCAUGGUAACGAUGAGAGAGGUCGAUUGAUGCGUCGUACUAUAGUAAGAUACGUAUGCGUUUGUCUGACCUUGGUUUUAACAAACGUAUCACCAAGAGUGAAGAAACGUUUCCCAACGUUGGAACACUUCGUUGAUACUGGAUUACUAUUGGAGAAUGAACUCUCGAUAUUUCAAAGUUUAAAUGCGAAGUUUCCUAAACCUAGCAAACAUUGGUUACCAAUCGUUUGGGCCUCGAGUAUAGUAACCAGGGCUAGAAAAGAAGGUCGUAUACGCGACGAUUUUGCUGUUAAAACGUUGAUAGACGAGUUGAACAAGUUCCGCGGAAUGUGCGGUAAUCUUAUACAUUAUGAUACCAUAAGUGUACCAUUGGUUUAUACUCAGGUGGUUACAUUGGCCGUUUACACGUAUUUUUUGACAAGCGUUAUGGGGAGACAAUGGAUCCAAACAUCAACCUCGUCCACUAUUGAUGUUUAUUUCCCCGUAUUCACGACUCUACAGUUUUUCUUUUACAUGGGUUGGCUAAAGGUCGCUGAAACUUUGAUAAAUCCUUUUGGCGAGGACGACGAUGAUUUCGAAGUUAAUUGGAUAAUCGAUCGUAACUUACAGGUGAGUUAUCUGAUCGUCGAUGAGAUGCAUCACGAGCAUCCAGAAUUGAUAAGGGAUCAGUAUUGGGACGAAAUAUUUCCAACUGAGUUACCGUACACUGCGGCCUCUCAACCAUUCCGUGAGGAACAUCCUGAACCAUCAACAGCAGGUAUACAAUUGUCGGCUGCUCAACAAGAACUUCAACCCUCCUCCGUUAGAAUAGACGAGAUGGUACCGGAUUAUCAACAAAAAUUUCGCAAUGACGUUGCCGACGACGCCGUAUCCGGAAUACAUUUUACUGCCGACGGGAAAUUGUCCAGAAGUGCUACCACUGCUAAAAUGUCAAGAAGUGCCAGUAGAGUGAGUAAUCGUGACCGCACGUUUAACACUGGAUCAACGCCAAGUAACUUGGGUGGUUCGCUGACCAGGGUCAACAGUGUAACCAGUAUGUUAAAGAGAUUAUUCAGUAAGGAGGAUAGACCGGAUGGUACAUCGAGUGGUACCAAAACACCCGGUAGAAUUCCGCACUCUAGUUCUUCAGCAUCGUUGCAAGCAAGAGUAUUUGCUGGUACAGGUGGCUCGACCAGGAUCGGCGUUAUAGAAGAGGUUGACGAACAGAUGACGAUGACGUCGAUGAGACCAGAACACAGGCCACACGUACAAAGUAUUUUCCCUCAAGGACCACCACCAGCUAGUGCACCAGUCGACGUACCUGGUGCUGAUCAUACCAGAACAAGAGACGUAUUUUCUAACAGUGCACCUGCCACCGCUCAUCUGACUACAGCUGAUGGUAGCAACGGCAAUGGUCACGAUUUCGAGAAUGGCAAUAAAUAUCCCAUUGCUAGGAGAGAGAGAUCCAGUAUCAGUUACGAGCCUUCGAGGAGUUAUCAGAGUACCACGAUAGGCGAUGGCAUGAUCAGCCCUAGAAGUUCAAUAUGUUCGACGAACAGUAGUUCCGACGACGAGUUUACCAAAUUGAAAAUAGAAAGGGAAAAUCAAAGACGUGAAAAGGCGUUCAGACGAUUAGCUAGAAGUAUUAGCGGCCAUGGUAACAUACUCUCUAACGAAGCAAGAAAUUUAACAGAAAACGAAGUACUUUUGUUAGCGGAAUUAGCGGACACAUCGAGACUCUCGUUGGUACCAAGAGAUAACGAUGAUAAGGGGAACGAAAUUGCUAAGGUUUAAGUGAAUCCGUAUGUUUAGCUGAUUUUUCUUCUCUGAUAUUUUUUUUUUUUUUUUCUUUUUCUUUUCCUUUUCUUUUCUUUUCUUUUCUUUUGCAAACUUUGGCCUCUAUUUGUUGUGUGAGAUCGAGCGUAUCUACUCUAAUGUGUAUGUAUGUAUGUGCGUGCGUGUGGAUUCUUCACAGUUUUACUGUAAUCGAGUGUGAUGACAGAAAGAGAAAGAAAGAGAACGA